AUGAAGUUUCUUCUCAUUUUCCUCUCAUUUUCUAUUUGUCAGGCUUGUUUAGAUAAUGACGUUGAGAUCAAUGGAAGGUAACUUGUCUUCUGAAUAACAAUGUUCCACAAAAAUCUAAUUUUAGAUGCUUCCGUUUCAUCGAAGAUUAUGUUUCAUGGACAAAUGCGUCGGAAAGAUGUUGGAGUCAAGAUUUAUAUUUCGCCAGUGUCAGAAGUAAUUACGAAGCUAGAAUGAUUGGAGGUAUAGAAUUCAGAUCAUGUUGAAUAUCACAAAUCGAGUUUUACAGAAGCUGCCCUUCAGAAGUUUUCCGUUGACCCAAAUUAUUUCUGGAUAGGUUUACGUAACACAUCAAUCGGUUUUGAAUGGGAUGAUUAUGCUCCCCUCGAUUAUUUCAAUUGGGCUCCCAACUUUCCUGAUUCAUUUCCCUAUGUAGCUUCAUCAACCUAUAAUUAUAAAUGGGUAACAACACCUGGAGAAGAGGUUCUUCCCUAUGUUUGCGAGUAUUUCGAAGCAACAACAGUUGCCUAUCCUCAAACUACAAUCACUAAAAAAUCGGGUGGAUGUCUAGAAAACGAUUUGAUUCUUGGAAAUCGAUGUUACUAUUUUAAUCGAGAUCAAUUAUUGAGAAGUGAGGCGGAAAAAAUAUGCGAGAAUCAAGGAAAAACAUUGGCGAUUUUCGAUACACUUUCUCAAAUUGCCCAUAUUUCAUGUAAGCUUUUGAUUUUAUAAGAAGAAAUCUUGAUUAUAAAAUUUUCAGCUUACGCUCAAUCACAAUUCGGCACAACUUACACAAGUUUUUGGAUUGGUCUCCUUCGUAGCUCAUCCACGUCACCAUUCUAUUGGCAGGAUGGAACUUCGGCAGUUGUCACAAAUUGGUCACCGGGUUAUCCGUAUGGUGGGCAACUUUAUGUUGGGCAGGAUAUUGCGAACACAAAGUGGAGGACUUUUAAUUUGGAUGAUGUUUUGUUUUCGGUUUGCAGUGGGGUUUUGUGA